AUUAAAUCUCCUUAUGAGUGUAGUGUUCUGUGGUGUAAAUAAUCCACUUAAAAAGUUGUAUUUUGUGUUCUAUUAACUAAAAUCAUGAAUAUUGAAAAUGCUGCAAUUAAUAUACUUACACGAGGUGUGGAGUUAGACACCAAAAAACGAUAUACGGAAGCACUUGUUUGUUACCAAGAAGGCUUACAGAUUUUAGUGGAUAAAAUUAAAGGUGAACCAGAUGAGUCAACAAGAUUAUAUCUUAGGAAGAAAGUUGAGGAGUAUAUGAAGAGGGCUGAAACAAUUAAAAAGCUAGUACUUCAGCAAAAAGAAACUGGUCAGUUUCACGAACAAGUAAAUAUUGAGAACAACUCGACGGGCCAUAGCUAUAAGACUUUGUUUGGUCGAUUUUUAGAUGAAGAUGUGAAUAUUGUUACUGUUGAAGACCCUUACAUUAGAAGUUUUCAUCAGUGUCAAAACUUCCUUCGCCUCUGUGAGUUAUUAGUGCGAUCAUGUCCUAACAUGAGGCACAUAGAGUUAAUAACAUCAAAGGAUUCCAAAUCAGAAGCAGACCAGAGAGAAUGGCUCGGCAACCUGAGUAAUGAUUUACGUAAAUACAAAGUUAGAUUGGAUGUCAAGUAUUCAGGGACUCUGCAUGACAGACAGAUUACCUUAAGCUCCGGCUGGAUAAUUAAAAUAGGCAGAGGUCUAGACUUCUACAAAGCGCCUGAAAACAAAUUUUGCCUCGGCGUCUAUGAUUUAGAUCUAAGAACAUGUCAUGAGACCACAGUGGACAUAGUUCACUCAAAAAAUGUUAAACAAUCGUAUGGAUGA